CCACAAUCAAUUCGCACCUGGCUCACGUCAAUGUCGUCCGAUGGUUCGAGGCUACGCGAAUCGUGGUCGAAUGCAUUGAAAAAUGCCCAAGCAUGGUUUCGGUCAUUGCUUGUGUCCUCCACGACUGGAUCGUGGAAGAGGGUAUCCAUAAAGUCUCCAUCUAAGGACAUCGCCUCUUCCAGUGUAGGAACAGCUCCACUCUCCCCUGGCCCAUUCCACACAAAUGCCAUAUCGUCGCAUCCUGACAUAUCAUUCCGAAGCAGCACACCACAGCGUGCAAAGUCCCAGUCAAAAGGGAAGGGAAAGUUGCGCCGCCAGCCGCUCAUAAUUCCAGAUGUCACAGAUGUAGUUGUACAUCGAAUAGUGUCCAAAGAUGGGCCAGGAGAAGUACUGCGCGCCGUUUUGGAUGUCACAUUGGGCGACGACAUCGAGUCCCUCCGCCUCAGUCAGCUUAGUGCUUGGCGGGCUGUUUUAUCCACUCCUCAAAUGAGGAAGGAAUAUGACCCUGCUGUCCAAGAUGGCCAUAUCCUGGAGAUGUUUGACACUGAGACGCGUGUUGCGAAGCUUGACUUUGCGCUGGGUUGGCCAGCAAAUCCAAGGGAUGCUGUCACAAUAUCGAGAUCAUUCAUGGAUGCUUCUACCUUGAUCGAAGUGUCGACCUCGUUGCCCCGCUCUGUUGAUGAGCCAGCAUAUCUUCGACCUGCGCCCCCCUUUGUUAGGUCUUAUGUGCAUCUUUUUGCAUGGUGCAUUCAGGUUUUGCAGCCACCUCCUGAGAUGUCCUCCACGCCCUUGCCAGUAAAAUUGCGCAUCACGUAUUUCUGGCAACAUGAUCUCAAGGCGUUGUGGAAUAUCAAGACCUCUAUAAUACAAAAUCUUCCAGCCGUUCUUGUAGGUUUGGUGAAAGUUGUACUAUCGAGCGGCAACAGACUUAGCUUCAUGACUGGAUACGGUCACGGAAUCGGCAUCUCGCAUAUGGAUUGUCAUGCUGCUCGGCAAUUGCUAUCGCUGGAGUAUCGUGUCACGCAUGAUGGCGAUGAGGAUGAUGGCAUGACUCCCACUAGUCCGGUGGACGAUAUGGACGAUGUCCAGGCAAAGAAGGAAGCUCGGAGACUUGAACGGAGUAUAGAAUGGUUACUACCUGGUUCUCAAAGUUGGGACGUCCGCAUUAACACACGAAAACCGUACACUUUGUCCUCUCUGCUUCCUGAAUGGGUGGUUCAUGCAACCCAGCCUGCCGCUGUGUCAGAUGAUCCUUUCUUACAGGCUCUUCCCGAACCUAUUACUUUGCGUCUAUCCCAUUCGAGACCCCCAGAAAAUUCAAUAGUUGGGGCUACAGUAGCUAUUGAGCCAUCAGGAGGAGCGGCGGGUACUAUGCGUGUUAACGGCUCAAAUCAUCCUAUUCAGAUUAUUCAGCUUAGAGAUCCUUUCUCAUUUCAAACGCCGCACCGGAUGCUUGAGGAUGCCUCUACGAUUGGGAAUAUUUGUCUUGACACCCGCUCUUCUACCUCUAUUUCAACUGCUGUUUCGAUCGCAUCUUCAACCACGGGCUCUCCCAGACGGGUCGUAGGGGUUUCUCCUCCCGGCCGUUCAGGGGCCGCGCAAAAAGCAAUAUCCAACUUGGUGCGAAGAAACUACAUUUAUUUCACCUCAUUGCUCCAGGAGCCGGAGGCCAAGUGGUCAAAGGCAAUUACGGAGUCUCGAGGUGUCACUGUUACUCGCUUGAACUCAAUAGAUCCAACGUUGGUGGUGUACCGGGCUGAGGCAGUGUUUGUUGGUGUAAGCGUUUGGGAUUUGCUCAGUGCGGUUGUUGCCCCAGGAGUUACUGGAUAUUGGAACAAGAUACAUGAAGACGCUGUCUUCUUGGAACACGUUAAUGAGUUGACGGAAUUAUGGCAUCUUAAGUUACGGGCCGCCUGGCCGGUGAACGCCCGAGAUUCGAUACAAUUACGAACGACAUACAAAUCGCCGACAGCCAGCCACGUUUUCUCCUUUUCUACAGAUGAUGCCCAACUUUUCCCUACUAUCCAACCCUCUGAGCCGGGGACUAUUCGCACACAAGUUGAUCUCCAGGGCUGGGCUAUCGAGGCAUUAUCUCCGAACACAACCCUUUUGACUUUACUUGAUCAAUCCGACCCCAAAGGCUGGUCAAACAAAUCCUCUAUACCUUCGCAGAUGAUCGCCGCCGUUGCUGGGAUCGGUGAAUUCUCCAUCAAGCAUGGGGGCCCACCUAUGGCUACACGAAUAUCAGGAGCCAAAUAUAUCAACUCCAGAUAUGAUCAUGACCGAAACGUUUUCCGCCUCGAUUGUCAGUCCACACAGCCGAAAACUCCCCCGUCAUCGAAUCUGCCCACUCCAUCCUCCGAAGUGUCUGAGGAUGCCACCCCCCAAGCAAAUACGGUUGAGUUACCUUCGGUUCAAGAGGACGGAGGUUCUUCAAUCUCAUCAUCACUCUCGCCUUCAUUUUUCGUGGACUCACCGACCACUAUCGAAUGCGAAAUCAGCCUUGACAUCAUUGCAGAUCCAGCGCCACAGACGAUUAGUUGUCUUCGAAGGCACAAGUUCGCCAGCCAAGGAGGCGGGGUAUGGAUCACGAUUGAGCACGAUGGAGCGCUGCUUACUGAUGAGAGGUUGACUGUUGUUGUACGGAAAGGUCCUGGCGGCAAAGAGCGAGGUUCAGUUGUCGUCAACGGCGUGAAAGCGAGGGUUGAUGUUGAAGAACUUCCAGAGGAAGAACUCAAAGCUUUGUCCAAGAGGAGGCGCAUCAAACCUACCCGGCACCCCCUUGACCGGCCUCCAGUUAUGACAGUGCGUCGUAGAGCAGGCACUUAUGACGACGAACCCGAUACCCCAGUGAAGUUUUCAUUCACCAGGCCGCGAAUGACAAAAAUCCUUACUCUUGGUCUUAUGCCCCAGCCUGGCUCAACUCAGUCACAAGAAUCGACCAUUCAGCCCAAUCGUUUUGACCGAUCGAAGCCACCCAUGGAUUACGCCUUUGAUGCCUUAGCGCGAGUUAGGGCAUUCGGAGCUGCGUCUGUGGCGGAUGGGUGGACGGCUCUGGGAUCCAAGGACGUCCCCGUGUACAAAAAAUUAGUCCCAGAUGUUCAUUCGAGUAUUGCUGUGCACAAGGCGCAAAAAGUCAUCGAAGGUUUUAGCGCAGAAGACCUCGUUACUGCAGUUUCAUACGGUUUCUCGCGGAGUCAAUGGGACACCUCACUAGAUUCGGUGACACCUCUGCAGUCGUUCGGUUCAGGGUGCCAAACUUUCUUCAUUGUGUCGAAGUUAGGUUUGCCAUUCAGAGAUCGAGCAUUCUUUUUAGCUUCAGUCCUGGCAAAAACGAUCCAGGAAGAAGAGGCUGAAGAUGAUAUGGAUCUUGGGGUGCCCCGACCCAGAUCUUUGUCCAUCAAUCGCCCGGUACGCGCUGCACAAAAGGCCCCCACUUCUCGACCAUGCACGUACAUCUACGUUACCACAUCCUUUGGACUGGAGCCUCCGCGUUCUCUAACAACCUCACUCAUCAAUCCUUCCGGUUAUCCAGUGGGUCAAGUGCUACUUGAAGGUUGGGUUUUGGAGACUUUAGACCCUUACACAGAUGAGAAUCUCGCAAUACCAUCAACAAAAUGCACGCUUGUAUCAGCGAUUGAUUUGGCUGGCUCUGUUCCCUCUGGCUACAACGCGUCCUACAUUGCAUCCUUUGUGACAAGAUCGAUCGGCGCAUUGGAGAAAUACAUGAAGGGAAGGUCAAUAUCUCCGUCAUUGUCAAUUCCACCCUCUGCUGUGGGGUUAGACGACAGACAGACUGAGCCCAUCGUUGGGGCAGAGUGGGUUGUGGAGAAUGGGGAUCCAGAGCGAUCCUUUCUUGGAUCAUUGGUUUCUUCAGAACCCCCUAGCCAACGAUUCUGUAUUUUAAUCAAACCCAGAUGGUCAUCGAAAGAGUCUACGAGGCUUCCCCACACAUCAUCUACUUCCCGCCCCUCUACACCGGUGAAGGAUGGCAACGGCCAAGCAUCACCACACGACCGUGGCACGGAUAGCCUGCGAGGUGAUUAUGCCCGGGCUCAUUCGCACGGUCCUCAGCCUUCGUCUACCAUGCGUCGUCGCUUGCUUAGUCUCCCCUCGUCCACAGGCCGGCCGCGCAGUGGCGAAGUAAGUGACUCGGGUGACAAUUUCUUGAUCGGUGAAGUGAUCGUUGAUCCAACAUCAUUUGCUCGUGGUUACGAGGUAAAGGUCGGGACGGAGCUCCUGCCUUUGGACCCAUCUCAUUGGGAUUUAGGAUGCAAGUAUCCCACCUCAACCCCGCCCACAGCAAUGAAACAUAGCUUUCCUACAUCCUGCAAAAUCGAACAAGUGCCACCCUCUCCAUUGUCGUCUAAUUCCCUCUCCAGUCUGCAUCGCCUACGAUUCUUUGUCCUGAGUGGAUCUCACACCUCAGUGCCCAUAGAUGAUCCACUGAGGGAACAUCUCCUGGAGUUGCAGCCGAAGCCUGAUUGGUUCCUGAACCUGGAGCGUCAGGGGGCCCUUACUGACAUUUUGAUCACACCUACGGACACUUCUCUGAAAACAGCCGUAAUGGUUGAUGGGGAAGCGGUCCCAGUGAUUGCUGAAAAUGGCUCUUCUGUUCUGUUGGACCGCAAGAAUGGGACAAGGGACGUUCUUUUACCUGUCUUGACACGUGCCCCAACACCUGGUGAUUCACCAAAGUCUGUGAGGCGCCCCUUGGCCUCGUCGUGGCACUUUUUUGUUAACCCUCCACCUUCCGAGUCUCCCACUACGUCUGCAUCUUCCGAAAUUGCCGAAGAAGUAGCUGCGCCAAGCACCCCUGAUGCUGGGGCCCCCAUCACGACACAAGCUGUUCCCGAGACUUCCAACAGUCUGUUGGAGCUUUUUAAUUCCUAUUCAAACCCAUUAUUAAAAAGGUCGUCAGAAGGGCCCUUUACUUUCAAUUACUGGCAAAACAAGCCAUCUCUCCCGAUUCCCGGGCGCUGGCUCUCUCGUUCUCCUUCCGACACUAGCACACGGACAUCACAAAAGGCCAUACCUACCAACAACCAGGAUAAACGUUCUACCAUUUCGCUUGUGUCUCUCAAAGACAUCUCGUCACGACUAUUAUCCCAUCGUUUCACGCUCCCAACCGUGUUUAUAAUUGCUCUAAUUGCAUUCUUACUUGGAUCACUUCUGAGGUCUUUAUUAUCUCCCGCGGACUUUGUCUUACAGUACGGGGAAGCCUCGCCAAACGCUCACCAUUGGCACGAGGUCAAGAGACUUCUUGAUGUUCACUUCUUCGGUCGCGGCCUUAUUGUUGCCGUGGUUCGUCACUAAUCUCUCACCGCUUUCGUCACGUUUUGCUUUCUUCACGACUUGACACGAGACAAUCGAAUAUCUCCUCUAGUUCUGUGUGACUAUUUUUUUUUUUUGCCCACUUGAACCGUAAUCGAAAUAUCAUGAUGCUAAAAAUGUGGGUCUCACCGACAACCCGCCUCGGUAUUUUUAAGUUGCCUAUUAUUUUGACACGAAAUUUUUUUCUGCCUGUGUAAUACUGUAGUAAUUCCCGCUAUUCUGUAGCAGGACAUGUAAAUUUUUCAAUCCCCAAACCAUAAAGGUUCUCUCAUAUUGCAA